AUGGUGUCUCAAGAGACAGGAGAUGGGAAAGGUGUGUGUGUAAAAUGGGAAAGUAACUCAGUGUUGCCCCCUAGUUGUGCUAAAUAGCCUUUUUAAACCAGACUGAAUGCUGUGUUCACCAUUGUUUCUAUAGCAAUUAAAUCUCUCUCUCUCUCUCUCUCUCUCUCUCUCUCUCUCUCUCUCUCUCUCUCUCUCCAUUUUCACACCUGUACCAGUAGCACUCUAGCUAUGUGUACCUUUCCCCCUCUCCCCAUUGCCACAAUGUAAUAUUCAUGUCAGUGACAAGACAAAGCCAAAUCCAAGGAGAGAAACCCCAGAGCUUUUCUCAGCUUUGAAAUAAAUACAUUCAUGAGACUGAAGAUUGAAGUCAUACAUAUACUUAUGCAAUUGUAGUAACUUGAUGACAUCAUAAUCUAAAAAAAAUCAUAAUCUUAGUCAAAGUAGACUAUGCCCUUGAGUAAUAUCCCCUUCAAUCUGACAAAUGCUGGUAUUACUAACGCAUGAUUGUAUUUUAAGCUUUGUCAUCUCUUAAUACCUUUUCACAAACCCUUUAGGCCAAGUGACAUCUCCUAUUCUCCUGUGUAGCACACCCAGCAACGUGGACAGCCCAGUGCAUAGGUUGCUUCCCUACUUUUCAGCACAAUGGACAGCUCCUCUCCCUUAACAGCUCUCUUUUCACUUUGUCCAGCGCGGUUCCAGCAACUAGGGCAUAACCAGACUGGUGCAGUACAGCUUAGCUUGGCUUUGCUCUGCUCAGUAGUGUGAAAAGGGUACAAAGUCAGUGCCUUUCAGCUAGUCUCGUUCCCUUCAUCAACCCCUGAUGUGGAAACGGCUUAGUCCACUCUGCACUUAUUCAGCCAUCCCUCUGACAGCAUUAGAUACAACUGAACUCUCUCCUUCCAUCCCAGGCUGAUAACAGUCAGUAGAUCCACCUGAACUCUCUCCUUGCUCUCCUUGUGUAAAUGGGUUUUGACAGUCAGAGCCAGAUGGACUGGAAGGAGAGGAGAAGAGAGGAAAGGAAGAAGCUAGGAGAAGCUCUGUUCUGUUAUAUUUCAAUUACUCGUUCUUUCGCUCACUUAUGGGUCCUGUCCACGUUUACGAGAAGGUACAGGCGUCAGUUUGCCAGAAAGAAAACCUCAUUCAACGGAGUGGUGCUUUCAGUAGCAAACGUUGAAUACUAGAGGAGAUCUGCUCUAUGUUGAGCAAAAGGGCAAUCAGAAUAGUACCAGCAACUCUCAUUACUUCCUGGUUCCCAAAAAGGGGGGGGGGGGGGGGGGGGGGGGGGGGGGGGGGAUACGCCCCAUAUUGGACCUACGGGUUUUCAACAGAUAUCGGAGAACGUUGACGUUUCGUUUGUGGUAAACCGUGGGGUGUUGGGUUGAGCGUGCAGAGAUGGACACAGAAACAGGGAGGUUCUAGUCAGAAAAACACAACUUUACUAGGCAACAAAAAUAAAGAUAACAACAAAAUCAUUCAGGGUUGGCUCUGUACUUCUUUUCACACUCGGCUCCGUGCCUCCAGGAGCUUCAUUCCCCUUCGCCGGUGCACUCCUUGCCUCUCUCUUUGUCUUGUCCUCCUCGCGGUGUACCAUGGUGCUCCCUUUAUGUGGCCCGCACAGCUGGCUGGCACUCUCCCCUAAUUACCUCUACUUGGCCCAUCAGCGUCGGGGUGCCCAGCCCGUGUACUCCCAGCAGAGGGAGCCAACGUCACGGCACAUACCUCCCCUCUAUCACCAACCCCCGGGGUAGACCUCCCCGUCUGGGGUGACGAGUACUGGGUGCGAACAUAGCACAUCCUUCAGGGCCUGGAAUGCCGUCUGUGUCCUCCGUCCACCCCACUGUCUUGGGUAGGCGUGCCUUUGUCAUGACUGUGAGGGGAGAAGCUAUUGCAGCAAAGUUAGGUACAAAACGACUGUAGUAGCCUGCUAAACCCAGGAACGACUUCACCUGCCUCUUGGUUCGGGGGACCGGCCAUUCCUUAAUCUUUCUUGGGGCUUCACAUUUCCCCGCCCGAUUCGAUAGCCCAGGUACUCCACCUCUGCAUAGCCCAGCUUGCACUUGUGGGGGUUUGCGGUCAGCCCUGCAUCCCUUUGCGCAUCCACCACCGCCUGUAACCUACAGAGAUGGGACUCCCAACUGUCACUGUGCACGAUUAUAUCAUCCAAAUUCGCAGCAGCAUACUCACGGUGCGGGCGCAGGACACGGUCUAUGAAUCGCUGGAAGGUCGCUGGGUCCCUGUAGAGUCCGAAAGGAAGAACCCAGUAGUGGUAUAGCCCCCCCCCUCCCCCGAGGUGGAGAAGGCGUCUUCUCCCGGGAGGCCGCUGGCAGUGGCACCUGCCAGUACCCCUUCGUCAGGUCCAGGGUGCUGACGUAUCUUGCCUUCCCCCAUGGAAACUUCGACAGAGGGCGGGUUCUGCUGGGGCCGGGUCCACAUUGCACACAGCGCAUCUCGUGCGUGCCACUUCUUCAGUUGGUUCACAUGGAGUGGUUUUCUCUGCCCCAGUUGGCGGACCUUAUAAUUGACGUUGCCUACCCGUUCGACGAUGUCGUAGGGCCCAUGCCACAUAGCCAGGAAUUUUUUCUCUGUUGUGGGGAUCAGCACCAAGACCUUCUCACCCAGGUGGAACUCUCGUGGUUGGGCCCCCCGGUUGUAUACUUGCUCCUGGGCGCAUUGCGCCUGGGCCAUGUGCCCAUCCGUUUGUGGAUGGUACACACUGGUCCACACCUGUUUGAUUCGUAACAUAUUGCAGACAUCUUUCAUUAUACGAGACAUGAAUGCAGUUCCCUGGUCCGUCAGGAUUUCCCGUGGAAUACCCACCCGGCUGAAUAAAUGGAAGAGCUCCCGUGCGAUACCUUUUGCUGCUGCCGUACGUAACGGGAUCGCCUCUGGAUACCGGGUGGCGUCCCCUUGUGGUCUUCACCAACGGACCCACCAGAUCCAUUGCCAUCCGCUCAAACGGCACCCCUAUAAUGGGUAAGGGAACCAAAGGGUUUCUAUAAUGUGCCCUCUGGGCUGUGAUCUGGCACUCCGGGCAGGUACGGCAGUAGUCCUACACGGCACGCUUGACUCCGGGCCAGUGGAAUGGAUUCACAAUCCGCUCCCUGGUUUUCUCCAUCCCCAGGUGUGCCCCAAGCAGGUGGGUGUGGGCGAGCUGCAAGACAGUUCUAACAUACUGGGUGGGUAUGAACAACAAGUCUUUCGUCUCCCCAUUGUGCUUUACUAUCUGAUACAAUAAAUUACGCUUGAUGGCAAAGUGUGGGUAGUGCGACUCACUUAGCCCGGGUAACAGCACGCCGUCCACCACGAUCACCUGGCCCCUCGCGUUCUGGAGGUUGGGUCCACUAACUGGGCUGUCCCGAACUGACCCGUGAGAUUCCCGUGUCGGGCGGCCUGUCUGGUGCCUCCACCUCCAUAAGGCGUGAGAGGAAGGAGAGGAUGAAAGGUCAGAGUAGAAAAGGAAAGAUUUAGGGAAAGGGAGGAGAUGAGAGCAUGAGUGUCCAAAUGCACAUACACAUCCACAUUUACACUGUAUCAUGAAGACAAAACACAUACAUACACACACACACCCACACCCACACAUACACCCCCCCCCACACACACACACACACACACACACAAACAGUGUCAGGGGAUGUGAGAGAAGUUGUGGGGGUGGAGGAACGUGUUGUAUUAUUAAUGUUGAAAUGCAUUCUGGGUAAUUGUGCAGUCAGCUCCUUUUCCACCUCCUUCUUCUACUGCCACAGCGUCACCUCACACACACACACACACACACUCUAACACAUGCACGCACACACACACACUCUCACGCACACACAAACACAAACUCUCACGCAUGCACGCACACACACUCUCAAGCACGCGCCCACACACACUCACACACACACACACUCUCUCUCUCUCUCUCACACACACACACACACACACACUCACACACACAGCACACACACCUCAUCCAAAUUGAAGAUGAGGAAGAUUCUUCCCCUUGGGCGAAAACCAAACCGCGAUCAAGAAGUAGCUACUUAAUAUUGAAGAGGGAGAGGCGAAGGGGCGAAAGCCAAAUUCAAAGCAGCACAUCUGUGCAUGGUCUGUGUCUCUUCAGUGUGUGUGCGUGCAUGCUUGCGUGUGUGUACUAUGCAUUGAGUUUCUGAGAGGGGGGUAUGAAUAUGAACUCAUGUAGCAAAACAAGACUAACUAACAGGCUAGCUCAGCCCGGACUGUCAGUUCACUGACCAUCACAGAUAUAGAAGAUAGCAGGGAAAGACUGCAGGGCCUUGGAGGAAUGAUUUCAUACCAUCAACCUUCUGUUACUCUUAGCUUCUGGCGAAGCUUUUCAGCCUUGUUGUUGCUGCUGUGCAACUGACUAGGUAUCCACUUUCCCCUUGCGAGCUUGCAGAUAGAAACUCUUGUGGUCCCCAGGAGAGCAGAGGUCUGGAGAGAUCGAUAGAUUAAUGAAUUAAUAGCAAACAGGAGAUGAUAGAAGGGGAAAGACAUAAAGCACUGGAAAUAAUAUCUGUUUUUUCUCUCUAUCAUUCUUUCUCUCUCUCUCUGUCUCUCUCUCCUAACCCUCCUAAUCCCACUACUAUACCCCUACUCUUCAUCUUUCUGUUCCUCCCUCCCCCACUCCUCUCCUCCCUUCACCCCUUCUCCCCCCUCCUCCUCUCCUCCCCUCCAGGUGUGUGUCUGGUGAUGGGCUGUAUAAUCUACCCUGAUGGCUGGGACAGUGACGAGGUGCGGAGGAUGUGCGGUGAGCAGACAGACAAGUACAGCCUGGGAGCGUGCUCCAUGCGCUGGGCUUACAUCCUGGCUAUCAUGGGGGUCCUGAAUGCCCUCAUGCUCUCCUUCCUGGCCUUCGUACUGGGCAACAGGCAGGACGGACUCAUGACCGAGGAACUGCUGGCCGAGAGCAAGGGUAAUACUGGAGAAUAG